AAUGAAGAUCAAGCGCCCUCGUGUGGUGAAGAUGUGGUCCAGCAGGGGACAUGUACACUGAUCAUCAGGGCACUGAUGAUCAGUGUGCCCUGAUGAUCAGUGUGGCCCCAGAAGUGCCACCUGUCAGUGUCCAUCAGUGCCAGCUGCCAGUGCUGAACAGUGCCACAUGCCAGUGCCACAUCAAUGCCACAUAUCAGUGCCUACCAGUGCACAUCAAUGCCACAUAUCAGUGCCUAUCUGAGCUGCCUUUCAGUGUCACCCAUCAAUGCCAAUCAGUGCCACCUAUCAGUGCUGCCAAUCAGUGCCACCUAUCAGUGCCAGUCAGUGCCGCCUAUCAGUGCCAGUCAGUGCCACCUAACAGUGCCAGUCAGUGCCGCCUAUCAGUGCCAUAUAUCAGUGCUGCCUUUCAGUGCCCAUCAGUGAUGCCUGUCAAUGUCCAUCAG